GCAGAGUGUGCUGCUCUGCGCGCAGCAUUAGGGCAACACGAGCGCUGGUUGCAGCUGGCUCUCCGGAGGACGCCCGCUGCAGGACAGGGAACAUUCAGAGGCCAACCUGGGUGCAGCCGGAGAGGUCCAGAUAGAUGAGCUUGUGGCAUCCUUUCCCCAAGUUCAGGGACUCCUCCUCGUACCCCAGCUGGGUCUACUGGUUCCCGAACCGCAUUAGUUAAGAGCACCCAGACUUAGAUUGCAAAGGAAUAUUGUCUUUGUCCCAUCUGUCCCGCCGAGGAGCUGGGGCCAGCCGGACGCCGGGAUGCGCGCGGUGGCCAUCGCGAUCCUGCUCUGCCUGUGCAGCGCCGCCGAGCCGCGCAGGGCGAGCCCGGGCCCGGGCGCCGCGAGAAGCCGGGCGCACCCGGGCAGAGGCCGGGCCGGCGCGGGCCGCGCGGGCUCCAGGCCGGUCAAGCGCUAUGCGCCUGGGCUCCCCUGCGACGUGUACACCUAUCUGCACGAGAAGUACCUGGACUGCCAAGAAAGGAAGCUAGUUUACGUGUUACCUGACUGGCCUCAGGACCUGCUGCACAUGCUGCUGGCGAGAAACAAGAUCCGUGUGUUAAAGAGCAACAUGUUUGCCAAGUUCAGAAGGCUGAAAAGCCUGGACCUGCAGCAGAAUGAGAUCGCCAAGGUGGAGAGCGGGGCGUUCUUCGGUUUGGACAAGCUCACCACCCUUCUGCUCCAGCACAACCAGAUCAAGGUGCUGACGGAGGAGGUGUUCAUCUACACGCCGCUUCUGAGCUACCUGCGGCUCUACGACAACCCCUGGCACUGCACCUGCCAGCUGGAAACGCUCGUGGCCAUGCUGCAGAUCCCGAGGAACCGAAAUUUGGGGAACUAUGCCAAGUGCGAAAGCCCGCGAGGUCUAAGAAACAAAAAACUGCUGGAGCUAAAAUCCGAAGAGCUAUGUGAUGACGAAGAGAAGGAUCGGCUGGACCCCAGACCGCAGGUGUCAGGGAGACCCCCGCUCAUCAGGCCCGAGGCCGACUCCACCCUGUGCCACAACUACGUGUUUCCCAUACAAACGCUGGACUGCAAGAGGAAAGAGUUGAAGAAAGUUCCAAACAACAUCCCUCCGGACAUUGUUAAGCUGGACUUGUCACACAACAAAAUCAGCCAACUUCGACCCAAGGAAUUUGAAGAUGUUCAUGAACUAAAGAAAUUAAACCUCAGCAGCAAUGGUAUUGAAUUCAUAGAUCCUGCUGCCUUUUUAGGACUCACCCAUCUCGAAGAGCUAGAUUUAUCAAAUAACAAUCUUCAAAACUUUGAUUAUGGAGUAUUGGAAGACCUGUAUUUUCUGAAACUUCUGUGGCUCAGAGAUAACCCUUGGCGAUGCGACUACAGCAUCCACUACCUCUAUUACUGGCUAAAGCACCACUACAAUGCCCACUAUAAUGGCCUGGAAUGCAAAAUGCCUGAAGAGUACAAAGGGUGGUCUGUGGGGAAAUAUGUGAGAAGUUACUAUGAAGAAUGCCCUAAAGACAAGUUACCUGAAUCCCCCGAAACAUUUGACCAGGACGCAGAAGAUGACGAGUGGGAAAAAAUUCACAGGGAUCACACACCAAAGAAGCAGCGUGUAAGAGUCACCAUUGUGGGAUAGCUUAGGAACUGGUCCUGUUGUAACUAGUUUGUGUAUUUUCUAUACUGGUCUCAGAAAGUCAUGUUUACAUUUUUUGAUAAAUUGCAUUGCUUAUUUAUACAGGGUCAUCUAGCUACCAGAAUCUUUAAUAAUUUUGUAAAGAUUAUUAUUUUGUGACAAUUUUGGUAAUAAAGAGAAUUCUCUUUCCUGCUUGCCUACAAUCCCUCUGUGGACAGCCUCUGACGAUCCGCAACUCCACAGUGGGCUAGGCAUGAUGGUGCAUGCCUGUAAUCACAGCACUUCGGAGGGUGAUGCAAGAAGGUCAUGAGUUCCAGGUGAGCCUGGAAGACACUGCUCAAAAUACGCAAAACCAAGCUGUCCCACACUGAUAUUCUGCAGGGGCUGGAUCCUAAUCAUGGCUUUAGAGUUUUGUAGUGUCCUGUGUAUAUUUUCACUGCUUUUUUUUUAAAAAUAAAAUAAAAAUUUGGUAUGUUUUUAUAUGCCUUAAA